CAGAGCGCACGCGGGCACCACCUCCACGUCCAAACUCUCCGCUUGUGUCUGUCAACAUUUGCAACAAGAGUUUUUCGAUGAAAAGGAUUACUUUAUCAUUUUGCCUAACAGCCAAAGAGACAUAACCUCAAGCCAUUCCACCUGCCUUGGCUCAAAAAUCGGGGGUUUUAUUGGUUUAUUGUCUCCAAACUACGAUCGUCGAAAGCAUAUGAAAAACAAGAUGAACAACAGAAAUCACUGGAAAGUGUACAAGAGGGUGAGUGUCGUGUUUUUCCUGGCUGUGGUGGCGCUGACGGUUGUCCAGAGAGGGAGCAUCAAUAUGGGGGCUCCCUUCCAACUCGAGAGGCACGGUCACAUGGACGCCUCUGGCAGAGUGGAACCUGGAGCUUCCCCGGAAGACUCGUACCAGGGGAUAAAAAGCUUCUGGAAGGCUAGCAAACGCCAGCUGAUGCCUAAAGCCCGGGCCACCACGCAGAAGUCCAGGACCACUGAGGACAACAACCCCAGAACCUGGGAUGUAACUAGCUCUAACUGUAGCGCCAACCUCAACCUCUCAAGUCAGGACUGGUUCAAGAGCCUGGAGGAGAAUUUCAAGCAGUUCAUGCUUUAUCGACACUGCCGUUACUUUCCCAUGCACAUCAACCACCCGGAGAAGUGCACAGGGGACAUAUAUUUGCUCAUGAUAAUAAAAUCCGUGGCCACCCAGCAUGACCGAAGGGAGGUCAUCCGAAAAACCUGGGGCAAAGAGCAGGUAGUUGGCGGCAAGAAGAUAAAGACCCUCUUCCUUCUUGGUAAACCCUCCAGCGUGGCAGAGAGAGCGAAUCACCAGAAGCUAGUGGAGUACGAGGACCACAUCUACAGGGAUAUCCUCCAGUGGGACUUCCUGGAUAGCUUCUUCAACCUCACGCUUAAGGAGACUCAUUUCCUCAAGUGGUUCCACACCUACUGCCCCGGUGUACGCUACGUCUUCAAGGGGGAUGAUGACGUCUUCGUCAGCGUGGAGAACAUCUUCGAGUUUCUAGAAAGCACCAACCGUGCAAAGAACCUGUUUGUGGGGGAUGUGAUUUUCAAGGCUAGUCCCAUUCGUAAAAAGGAAAACAAAUACUACAUCCCCCUGGCUCUGUAUAAUAAUACACACUACCCUCCGUAUGCAGGAGGAGGGGGUUUUCUGAUGGAUGGGACCCUGGCAAGGAGGCUUUACUGGGUGGCAGACACCCUGGAGCUUUACCCCAUCGAUGAUGUCUUCUUGGGCAUGUGUCUGGAGGUGCUUCAGGUCACUCCUAUAAAACACAACGCCUUUAAGACGUUUGGCUUGGUGAAAAAUAAGAACAGCAAGUUGAACAGAGAACCUUGUUUCUUUAAGAGCAUGAUUGUGGUGCACAAACUGCUCCCGCCGGACCUCUUACACAUGUGGAACCUGGUCAACAGUGAGCUGGUCUGCUCGCAGAAAGUGGAGAUCCUAUAGCUCGAUGGGAACACUAGGUAAGGACAGCACCGACAAGCUGAGCUGUACCUCGGUGGAUACCAUGAUGCAUGAGAGUCCCAGUAAAGUCUCCUUUAUGUUGAAAGGGACCUUGGAAAAAUCUUUAAAGGUUGUAGAAUUGUGUAUUUAUAUUGGCAUUUUGAAGGACUCAACACUGACAGCACGCAGAUUCAGAGACGACAACCAAAGUUUAGCUGCUACAUUAACGGGCGCGCUAAGGAGGACUGUUAUGGCUCAACAAUAACAGGAUUUUAUUCUGUUGCAUAAUAUUUGUGAUGGGUCUCCACCGUAUCACACACCCUCGUCCUCCCCUACUCGGCGGCCAACACCUACUUUUCUCCUUCUUCUGGUUCGAUACGGUGGAAGUUUUUUCAUUGGUUAGGAACCUUGUGGCAGUGAGCUGUCACCAAAUCACCAAUAAUAGCAAACUGAAAAAAAGUAUGAAUAUGAGAGAUUUCAAAUGUAUUAUGAGGACAAGUGGUAAACAAAACCAUGAAUAUGUAUUCGCAGUAUAUUGUGCUUUCGGAUAGGUCAGGGGGAAAUAAUGUUUGGUUUAGGUUGAUCUUGUAGAAAACAAAUCAGUUGGUAUUAGUUACUGCCCUGGAGACUUGGGUUCGAAAGCCAUUGCACAUGCUGCACAGCCUCUAGUUAUGCUUCCAUUUUGGGUUUAUUACAGUGUUACACAUUGCCUUCACUUGAGUCAGUAUGUCAUGCUGCAGUGGCUUCACAUCAAGUAAUAGAACGAAACAACCCUCUCUACCUCAGUGAUACCGUCAAAUAAAAAAAAAAUGUCAUUGUUAGUUUUGGCUUUUCUACUGUAAGUGUAAAUAUGAUAACAUUACCUUCAUAUGCAGUACAUGUUCCUAAAGUAAGAUUUUAAUCACUUCUGUAUCAUAGAGGUCCUUGCACUAGUUUUUUUUUGGAAUGUGAUUGACUUGAUCUGGUCGUCUACUACACUUAUACUACUGGAAACUUUUAAAAACAAAUCUCUAAACUGGUUUCAUGUUUGCUGUCUGUGGAUUUGAAUGUGCUGAUAUACUUGACAUGGAUUUGGUAGAGGGUCUACAAUGACACUGAGAACUAAAACUAUUGCUGGUACGACUAUGUAUGACAUGUUAAUUUAAUCCACAAUAAAAGGGGUUCUUUUAUUUAAUUUAAAGCGUCCGAUGAGCAUAAUAAUGGGAUGUUCAAUGAUUAUUAAGAUGUAUGUUGUGGGUGUAGCGGGUGAUGGUUAUUUCUAGGUGAUGUAAAUAUAUGUAAAAAUCAAAAUGUACAAAUAAUGUAAUUUGUAAAUAAACAUCUUGACUGUA